UUUUGUGUGUUUUCCAACCAACCAAAGCCAGCAGAGCUAGCUGACGCCACCAGCAAAGAGCACAAGAUUGAGCCAACAUCAACCCUUUUUCUUGCUUUGUCCCUUUUUUCCAGCAACAAGGUAGCUUCAAAGGAAAUUGUAAGUUUUUCUCAAUUUGGCAAGAUAUUAAAGGUCCUUGCUUUUAAGACAUUGAAACACAAGGGACGGGCCUGGGUAAUCUUUGAGGAUGUAUCAUCAGCGACUGAGGCACUUAAAAGGAUGCAAGGAUUUCCAUUCUACGCCAAGCCCAUGAGAAUUCAGUAUGCAAAGACCAAGUCCGACAUAAUCGCAAAGGCUGAUGGAACAUUUGUCCCUCGUGAAAGAAGGAAGAGACACGAUGACAGAGCUGAAAGAAAGAAGCGUGACCCGCACCAUGAUUCUAAGCAAGCUGGGGCAGGAUUGAAUUCUGCUUAUUCUGGUGCCUAUGGAGCUGUACCACCUGUAAGCUUAUUCAACUUUCUAUUUUUAUUGGUUAUUAUUUUUUCGCCAGACAUAAAAUAUGUUCUCUAGAUCUGACUUGACUCGUCAAUCUUCAUCAUCGCAAAUCAAGUUGCAUUUAUGAAUUA